AUGGUGUCCAGAGGUUACUCGGCCGAAGACUACCACCCGCAGUCGGACCACAGCUACAGGCCACCGCCCCCGGAACACCAUCGCAAAAGCUCACCACGUCGGGCCGCGGUACCGGAAGCUCCCCGAGCCGCGCCCAGGCGGAAUCGUUACAACGACGUGUCGCCGCCACCAUCGGAGCUGUCGUCGCGUGCGGCCAACGAUUACAAACGGCGGCCGGCCUCGUACGCUUACGAAGACGACGGCGGCUUUUGUCCGCCUCCCAGCUACGGGGGCAGACCUCGCGGCGAACCGGACAUCCGGGAGGUAGAUGACGACGCAGACGGUCCGGUGCCGACGGCACUGGCCGGCCGAGAGUACAAGCGGCGAUCGGCGGCCUACGCUUACGAGGAUCACCACCCACACCAUCACCAACAACACCAACACAACAAACACCAUCAUCAAAACCACAACCAUCAACAACAACAAGACCUAGGAGGCAGCGGUUACGGCGGCAGACGCGAGGCGACGUCGGACAAGCGGGCGGCGGCCCAUGCGGCCGCGGAGGACAGCCCUUCGCCGAUUUCGCCCAGGUACAGGCACAGUUAUGCAGAGGCGUACCACAGGCACCAGCAUCAGCACCAGCAUUCGCAGCCACCGCCACAAGAAUCUGUGUACCGUCACAACGGUUCGUUACAGUCGUCCGGUCGCAUCGGAAUCGCAGCGAUACACCCUUACUGA